AGGUCCUGUACCUUCUCCUGCAGCACAGCCUGGAGCCUGACUCCUGUACAUGGUGGUAGAAAUGACAGCCCAGGAGGCUCCAUAGUGAAGGGUUGUCAGAGGAGGACACGCCUGCCCCCAGGUUCCUACAAUAUAAGAUCCACUCAGUGGAUAUCUUCUAUAUAAGAUCCUUCCCCUGAUUGACCCUUAAAGGAUGGACAGGGACAAGAUGGCGGAGAGUAUAAAAAAUUUCUCCCUAGAGAUCCUUCUCCGGCUUACUGGAGAGGACUACACAGUAGUGAAGAAGACCUCUAGUGAGCGCUGUCAGGCCCCUGUGUCUGAAGGAAGAGGAAGAACCCUGAGCUCAAAUACGAGGCCUCCACCUCACCUGAUAUAUGAGGAAAUCAAUAGAAUGAAGAUCCUAGAACUCGCCAACAAGAUGAUUGAGCUGCUGACUGGAGAGGUUCCUAUAAGGUGUCAGGAUGUCACCGUCUAUUUCUCAAUGGAUGAGUGGGACCCCAUCUCCAGCUCUGAUUGUAUCCGAAACAAAAGCAGGAAACAUGCUGACUUGUUGAGCUCCAUGAGAGCCUUUGAGAGAGGUGGAGUGAGAUCAAUAGAACACCUGUAG